AUGAAUAGCCUAGUGCGGACCGAGCCGCUGCCCGGGGAACCGCCUCUGCUGGUGCCUGGAGGCCCCUACUCCGUCGUGGUUCUGCUGCAGGGCUACGUGGAGCCCGAGGGGGUGGGUGAUGUUGUGCGCGCCGACGGUUCCGUGACCCUCGUCCUGCCCCAGGACUGGGCCCUGGGCUCCAGUCACCGAGAGCCCCUUUCCGGAAGCGGCGAGACGAAGACAGCUCUGGAGGAGGCUGCCCGUGGCCCUAUUGUCGUGGACACUGGGGGUCCCUGGGCCCGAGAGGCAGUGUUGGGGGCCCUGGCGGAACAGGGCGUGGCCCCAGAAGACGUGACUCUAGUGGUGGGGACCCACGGGCACUCUGAUCACAUCGGGAACCUGGGGCUGUUCCCGGGGGCGGCUCUUCUGGUCUCUCACGACUUCUGCCUCCCAGGGGGCCGCUACCUGCCCCACGGACUGAGUGAGGAGCGGCCCCUGCAGCUGGGGCCCAGUCUCGAGGUGUGGGCCACUCCGGGCCAUGGCGGGCAGAGGGAUGUGAGUGUGAUGGUCGGGGACACAGCCCUGGGCACCGUGGUGGUGGUGGGUGACGUAUUUGAACGCGAUGGGGACGAGGACUCCUGGCAGGCACUGAGUGAGGACCCAGUGGCCCAAGAGCGGAGCCGGAAGAAGGUCCUAAGUGCUGCAGAUGUGAUUGUUCCUGGACAUGGGGCGCCCUUUAGGGUGGUCAGGGAAGCCUCAUAG